GGGCAGAGACAGGACAUGUGCCUGGAUGAGUCGGAUAUGCGAGAGUCUCGUGCAACGCGACACACAUCGGUCUGAAACAACUGAGAAGCGACAAGGGACAGAAGUUACAAGACCUUGAGCCGCUGACAAACCUCGGCAGUCGACCACCCUUCCUCGACAAUUUGGCGCGGUCGAGCAUGAUGGCAUCCAGAAUACAAGAUGAAGGGAGACAUCCUGGAAGGCACCCGUCGCUGAGUCUGCCCCCCUUCAUCAAAGAGGUUGACUCAGACCUUAGCCCAGUGGACCAGGAAUAUCUGGGGAGGAAGGGUGCCUUGUCGGUGCCUGACACGAACACUUCGCAAGCGCUGCUGCAGUGCUAUCUACAACUGGUCCAUCCUGCGGUCCCGUUCUUAGCUAUCAGCCAGAUUAAUGCCAUCGCACGAAGUCAUGAUAGCCAUGAAGCUGUCCGAGAGAAGGACAAGGUCAGCUUGCUGCUUUGGCAGGCAAUGUUGUUUACUGCUACCGCGUUUGUCGACGACGCUGUCAUCCACCAGAUGGGCUUCAGUACCCGGGCAGUGGCACGGCGGGUCUUCUACAAGCGCGCGAGGACACUUUAUGACCUCCAAGCACAUCGGGACCAGAUUCAAACUCUCCAAGCCAUGAUUUUGUUGACUUACUGGGUCGAAGACAGACACGAUGAUCGCAACAUGCUGUUCUGGAUAAACGCGGCCAAGUCUCUUCUUCAGAUCCUGGACAUACCCUCCAUGUUGCAAGGGAUGGACCCGUCUACUCCACGGAGCAAAAUGUUGCGCCGGACCUGGUGGGCAUGCUUCGUUCGGGAGAGCAUGCUCGUCCUCUCGCUCCGACGCGGCACCGUCGUCGAACACAUGAGCCCCCCUCUCAGCAUUAUUGGCCUGCGUGACUUUGACCUCGACGAAGAGCAAUCCUCCAGCGCAAGAUUACUCAUCCGAAGGGCUUCUCCACAGCCAGCAUUCACCAGGGAUCAGCAACAUGAUCAAGCCAUCAUCUUCAUCGAACUGGCAAAGCUCUGCAUCUGCGCAAACCGUGUCAUCAUGAUCCGAACAACUCUGACGAUCCUGGAACGAGCGGGCUCGAAUCACCGGCACGGCCGAGUCUCUUACACGGACAAUGUGAUACAAGAGGUGGCGCGUUGUGAAGACGAGCUCAGACAGUGGUCCGAGUCGCAAUCCGCCGGCUCUACCCCCUCAGACACAGAGGUGUCCCUCACUCCCUCGACGUUGCAUGUCCGCGUCUUCCAGAUUCUGCUGCAAGCGACAUUCUUCUCCGUGGUUGGCGCGUUGUACCGACCGUUCAUCUAUCCGGCGCCCGAGGAGGUUCCUCACAUUGCCAGCAUUCCGCGCCAAUGGCGCUCUGAAUGCCUCCACAAGUUUCGCGCCGUGGCCCAGGAAAUAUGCGCCGUGGCCGAGAUCGUCCUCAAGGAAAACCUCGGGGAGCUCCUGCCGUCAUUCGUGAUAUUCCCAUUUUGCCUAGGCGCCGUCGUCCGCUUUCUGCAUCUCAGAGCAAAGCCCGACGGCCAAGCCGACGAUCACGACCUUGGACAAUGCAUAACGGUAUUGGCCAAGCUCGGCGAGCGAUUCGAUCAUGCCACACCCCUUUUGGUCUACUUUGACAGGCUGGCCACACAACAAUACUCGAGGCCGGACCGGCGACUGGACUCUGGUGCUCCCGAGGACUUCAACGGAGGUAGCUCGAGGGUAAACAUGUCGGACCGUCACAUUACGGUCGCGCCGAUGGAUCCAGAGAGCACAUUGCGCCCCACGCCGCCAGGCAUCGAAGAAGGGCUUUGCGCGUCAAAGGGUCUCGUUUCCAAUGGCUCAAGCAUGGGCCUUGGACAGGACGACCCCAUGGACCUGCCGAACUCCAACUGGGAAAUGAACCUGCCGGCCGCCACACCCUACGCAGAAGACGACAUCGCCGGCUUCGCUGCCAGCCUCGGUGGCCAAGCCCGCACAUUAACCCUGUUGGAAGACGAGUAUGAUUUCGGCUUCGGACAACAGGACCUUCCCAUGGGCUCUGUAGCGAACAUUUUUCCCACCAUCGGGGAGGUGUAUUUCAGCGAAGAGGACUUGUGGCUACCUUCGAAUUAA